AUGUCCGGCGGCCUGCUGAAGCCCGAGAAGGACUUCACCAAGGAUGCCGACAAGCUCAUCCCGGAGGCGGAGGCUCUCGCAAAGACCGAUGUUCAGGGAGCAGUCGAUAAGCUGUUGGGUUUGGAGAAGCAAUCCAGACAGGCAUCCGAUCUUGCCACUACAUCCCGGCUACUGAUUGCCAUUGUCACCAUCAGCAAGAACUCCGGCGACUGGAACCUUCUGAACGACCAAGUACUGCUCCUCUCUAAGAAACAUGCCCAACUCAAGCAGGCCACAACGAAGAUGGUGCAGACGGUGAUGACAUUCCUGGAUGAGACACCCAACUUGGAGGUCAAGAUGUCCGUUAUUGAAACUCUGCGCACAGUGACUGAGGGAAAGAUCUUUGUUGAAGUAGAGCGAGCCCGCGUUACCCGCAUACUUUCAAAUAUCAAGAAGACUCAAGGUGAUCUCACUUCGGCAGCAGACAUCCUGUGUGAGUUGCAGGUGGAGACAUUCGGGUCAAUGACGAGACGGGAAAAGACAGAAUUCAUCCUGGAGCAGGUCUCUUUGUGCAUUGAGCGCGGAGAUUGGACCCAGGCUCAGAUUCUCAGCCGCAAGAUCAACAAGCGGUACUUCAGCCGCAAGCCGAAGAAGUCGGCCGAGCAGAUCGAGACGCUCAAGAAGGAGGCAGAGGAGCGAGAGAAGACCCGUGCGCCUGAUGAACCACCUAUGGAGGUGGACGACGACGUCACAGAUCUCAAGCUUCGUUACUUCGAACAGCAGAUUAUCUUGGCCAACCACGAUAACAAAUAUCUCGAGGUUUGCAAGAACUACCGGGAAGUCCUGGACACGGAAGCAGUUGAGAACAACCCAGAGCACCUGCGUGCCUCACUCGCCCGCAUUGUGUACUAUGUUGUCCUGUCUCCCUACGAUAAUGAGCAAUCCGACCUCUUGCACCGCAUCAAGCAAGACUCGCGGCUGUCACAAGUCCCCGAGGAAUCCCGCUUGUUGAAGCUGUUCACCAUUCCUGAGCUGAUGCGCUGGCCUAUGGUCGCCGAGCAGUUUGGCCCCCACCUGUGCAGCACAGACGUGUUCGACGCCGAGGCGAAGCAGUCUACUGAGAACCAAGCAAACCAGAGGUGGCAAGACCUGCGGAAGCGUGUCAUUGAGCACAAUGUCCGUGUAGUGGCCAAGUACUAUACUCGCAUUCAGAUGGGCCGUCUGACCCAACUUUUGGAUCUGACCGAGGAAGAGACGGAGAAGUACAUUAGUGACCUGGUCACAUCAAAGACCAUCUACGCUAAGAUCGACCGACCUGCGCGGUUGGUCAACUUUGCCAAACCCCGGGAUGCGGAUGACGUUCUGAACGAGUGGAGCAGCGACAUGAAGAACCUGCUGGGUCUGCUCGAGCGGAUCGACCAUCUGAUCACCAAGGAGGAGAUGAUGGCCCGUAUCCAGCCCACUCGCAGUGAGAAGGGCAAGGCGCAUUGA